UCUCAUCGCAGAAGACAAAGAAACUCAAAGUGACUAAGUUCAUAAAAAUGGCAAGAGCACAUCAAGAUCUCAGCAUUGCCCUUUUGGGAAGCACUGGAUCAGGAAAGAGUGCAUCAGGGAACACUAUCCUGGGCAGAGAAUCAUUCGGAGUCAACUCCUUCCCUCACGCCAGCCCUCGGCCAUGCAAGAGGAAAACAGUAGUGAUGGAAGGAUGGAACAUCUCCGUGAUUGACACUCCAGGACUGUUCAGCAAUACAUCAGAGCUGAGGGCUGAAAUGAGGAACUGUGCUCGUCUGUCGUUUCCUGGCCUUCAUGUCUUUCUGCUGGUGAUCAGGCUGGAUGUGAGACUCACAGACGAGGAGAGGAAGAUUGUGACGUGGAUCCAGAACCACUUUGGGGAAGAUGCUGUGCCCUACACCUUCAUCCUCUUCACUCAUGCUGACCACCUGAACGGCGAACCUUUGGAAGACCACAUCCGAGGAAGCCUUGAACUCCAGACCCUGAUUCACAGCUGUGGUGGCAGAUAUCACUCAUUCAACAACGAGGACAGUCGAAACAGAGAUCAGGUCACAGAGCUGAUCGUGAAGAUAGAGCAAAUGGUCCAGAACAACGGAAGACAUCACCCCACUCUGGAGGAGUUUCAGAGGAUUGAGAGAUCUAAUAAGAUGAAGAAAGCUGCAUUAGGUGUGGUAAAAGUGUUGGGAGCAGCAGUGGUGGGCGCUGCGGUUCCUGCUCUGGAUUUAUCUCUGCUCGGGGGAAUAAUAGUGUUAACAGCACUGAUAGCAGCAGUGCCGACAGCAAUCAGGAGAGCAGGUCAAAACCAUCACAGAUACUAGUUAUACACUGUUUUAUAGGAACAAUCGUUUUAAUUGACACCACUUUUUGCAUUGUAAAAAAAUAAUAAAAUAUGAAAAAUAAAAUAUGAAUAUCAAAAUAAAAAAAUUAAUAUAGUUUUACUGCUGUUUAAUUUUCUGUGUAGAUAUUCUCCAUUCCAUAGCUCAAUCCAAAUAUUACAAUUAAGUCAUCAAUCACUCAUCCUCGACUCAAGGCCGUAUGACUGAUUUUCUUCUGUUCUUUCUUUUCUUCUGUCUAACAGCUCAUUUAGUUUUACAUGGAGAAAUAAUUUGGCAUGAACUAACAGCAUAUUCCUGGGCCACUAGAAAUUUCACAGUAUUUUUUACAGCAGUUGUACUGUUUAUCAAGUUUAAAUGACAGCUGUAUUCUGUGACAUGGCUUCACAGUCAAAAGGAGCAGAACAAGCCCUCAUUAAUUUUUCUUCUCUUAAUUUUAUGACCAGCACUUCAGCCAACUAAGGUUGAUUUUAAAAGUGCUUAUAUAAUAAAAUGAAUUGAAUUCAUUACUGAAAUUCAGCAUUUUACUGUAAUUACUGUUAUAUAUUGUAAAAUCCUAUUCAUCUCACUUACAUCAUUGUUAUGUGACGAGUUGUUUAGUAAUGUAAAAAUGCACUUUUAAUGCAUUUAUGUAGUUUGGGUCUCAGGUAUAGUAAUUUUGGGUUUCUAUCAGGGACGAUUCUAGGAUUGUCAUGUUAGGGGGGCUCAGCCCCCAAUGAGGGUAUAAUAAUAAAAAAUAAAUAAAUAUUUACAAAAAAAUUGAUUGAAAAUUUGUACAAAAAAUUGUAGAAACGUUCUACAUAAAUUCAAUUCAAACAAUAAAAAUUAUUUUUUUUAAUUAAUACAAAACACACACACACAAUGUUUCAAUCUCUGUCAAUCACUCUGAUAUGCAAUUAAAAUGAGUACACUGACUGAGUGCUGUCUGUCACUGUCUUUAAUCCGGGCCCAGAUAUGAUAGUGUUUAGUUGUCAGCAUUUAAAUGCACAAUUACGUGUCUAGGUCCUCUCCUGGGGUUACCAGGCUCUGCAUAUUAGUAAAUUAUAUGUUGUUAAAUGUUGUUAAAUAACAUGAAACUGUAUGUUAACGCCACUAUCAUUAUUUACGGUCUUGCAAUUAUUUUGUUUCUCGGUUUCUGACAAGAACGAGGCAGGAGAGGUUUCUGUGAGGGUCUCGAGAGUCUCUAACUAUAUAACACGGCAUCAAAUGAGCUUCACGGGAAGUUUACGAGCUGCUAAUCUUUAUGCGGAAGUUCUAAAGAAUGCUCGGUGCAUAUGGGCAAUUGUCCCUCGUUCAGAAAGCAGUCUGGAGUAAUAUUAUUUGUGCAGACAAACAAAUUUAGGUGUAUUCGGUGGCGCAUUACCAUCAAAAACAAAACUUAAGAAAAUUAAGACUCUUAUGUUCACUUUUACUUCCAACUGCAAACCACCUGCAUUGCUUUGCAUUGCCUCACUACAGCUGCUCAAGUGCAGAGAAAAUGGCGGACAGCGUACAACUGGUUGAGGGUGGAAAUAUGCUAAUAUGGGACAGUCCGUCAAUGGUCGUGGGCGGAGCUUGAGCAGUAUGAUGUCAUACUGCUAAGAAAAUCAAAACAGCUUGAUAAUUGAGACGGUUUAGGUUUUUUGGGGAUUAAAACAAAGUAGUGAAUGGAUUGUUAUCAUUGUAGGGUAAUUGUGUCCACACACUGCUAAAAAUGUAUAUGCGUUUAUAUGCAAACACCAUAUAAAAGUGAAUUUAGCAUCUGAUAUCCCCUUUGGUUCUGUUUUCUCUGUGCCUGGCUGCAUGUUUGACAUAGUUUCUCAGUGUGUUUGAUUAAUGAUCCUGUUCACCUGUUGUCUUAUUGAUGAACUCAUUAAAUCUUUUGCUCCUCCAUGUAUGUAAGUCCUGUC